UAUGUUCCAUAGCACCAGUAUCGUUGUAGAACCUACUCAGUUUUCUAUACUGACAUAAUAUAGACAAACCAAUGUAAUACUACUGUGUUUUGCGUUUCAAUUUAUCUCGUAUUGUACUUUGUUAUCGCACAAUUUGCUUAUAUUAUUUGUGUUAAGAAAUUUUUUCUCUUGUUUUACAACUAUUAAUCUAUUUUGGCUCACUCGUCGUGUAGGGUGUAGUAUUGUUAAGCUUUGUCAAUUACACAUUUUAUUUUGUUUUAAAAAUAAUAUACGGGUUUUGUGUUACUAGAAACUUUAGAAUUCCUAGUUUCAAAGCCAAGUAAAUUAUGUCAAAUAUACACAACUCUACUAUUCAUUGUCUUUGUACAAUAGUUUUUGUGCAAUGUGAUUUUAUGUGACAUUUAACCAUAAAGUUAAAAAUCAGAUGUUGUAUAUCACUAGUAAAUAAUGCUGAAAAAGGCUAAGGCAUAUGUUGCCUUGAUUGCCUUAGUAUCAACAGUAAAAUGUGAUAUAAGUGUUUACACAAGAGGGGAUCAACAGUUAAACAUUGAGUUUAAGGACGCCCAAUCUUUAUUUGGUGGUGAUAUACCAAUUGAAGGAAUUAAAGGCUACAUAAUACACGCUUUUCCCGAAGAUGGAUGUAAGCCUUUGCUUCCUCCUCCUGACUUUGGCCCCUGGUUUGCUAUUAUUAAACGAGGUGGAUGCAAUUUUGAUGUUAAAGUACGAAAUGCUCAAAAUAGUAAUUUUUCUCUGGCCAUUGUGUUUAACAUCAAUUCUAGUAUUAUUAUGCCAAUGGAUUCAAAAAAUGCUAGUGAUAUUUACAUUCCUUCAGUUUUUGUUGGAGAAAAUACAGGCUAUUCAUUACGAGAUAAAUAUCAUUACAACAAUGGAUAUUAUGUGAUAAUAGACAACAAUCAGUUUCCAUUUGAUAUCAAUUUAAAUCUUCUUUUGCCGUUUGCCGUGAUUGUAGCUGUAUGUUUCUUUACUAUGAUUGGAUUUAUGGUAGUAAAAUGGAUUAAAGAUAGAAGAAGAGCAUUAAGACAUAGAUUACCAGCAUCAACAUUGCGUAAAAUUCCAAUUUCCACUUUUGUUAAAGGUGAUCCAUAUGAUACAUGUGCUAUAUGUUUGGAUGAUUAUAUGGAAGGAGAGAAAUUGCGUGUUUUACCUUGCGCUCAUGCUUAUCAUUGUAAAUGUAUUGACCCUUGGUUGACACGUAAUCGUCGUUUUUGUCCUAUCUGCAAAAGAAGAGUUUAUGGCGAUAAUCAAGAUUUGCAUGCAGUUGCUUACUCUUCAGAUACUGACAGUGAUGAACCAAAUGAUAGGACACCUUUGGUUCCAGCUCGCAUAAACAACUCAAACACAUUAGGUGUUGGAACAUUCCGAAGCUUCAGAGGUCGUGUUUUUACCCGAGGUAGAAAUGAAAAUAACACUGUAGUUCAUCCACCUGUGCUGGCUUCUAUUAAUGGAAUCAAUACAGAUUAUGAUACAGCAUCAUCACAUACAGAUGCAUCUGACUCUAUGUCAUCUGAUUACCAUAAUAUGUAUGACCCUCCAUUGGUACAUCAUAUGAAUCCCACACUCAUUACAGAUACAAGUGAUAAUACAUCACAAGAUUUGAUGAAUGAUACAGAAAUAAUUAGGGAUAAUGUACAAAAUCACAUUGUUUAAUUUUUAUUCAGAAAACCACUUCACCUGUUUUAAAUUUUUUAUUACAAGUAUUUAGAAAAAUAUUAUUUUUUGCUUUUUUAAAAACUGUUUCUGUACAUUAUUAAUUUUACUGUAAUAAUAUUUUCUACCUAACUGUUAUUAAAUAUGAUUGUAAGUAUUAAAGUUUAUAAUUGAAGGAAUGAAUAUUUUAUAUGACGAUGAAUUUAGAUAAAAAAAAAAAAAAGUUUGGUUAGAUGUAUUCCUUUUAAUUAUUCAUAUCUUGCAAUAGUAUACUAUCAAAAUAUUCCUCAUUUAAUUGUUGAACUAAUUAGGUUUGUUAGUAAACAACAGUAUGUGAUAAUUGUUAUAAUUUUUUUUUAUUAUUAUUACUAUUAUAUAUAUAUAUAUUUAUAAAACUGUUGACAUGAGAUAUACAAACUUGAAUUAAAAUUAAUUUUAAAUCAUAAUUUAUUUUUUUUAUUAAUAAUUAUUACAAUGUAUUUUCAAUAUGAUUGUACAUUUUCUUACGGUUUAUCUCCUUACUACUUUUAGUUAUUACAAAUGUUUAAUUUUUUAUCAUAUGGUGUCAUUAAAUACUUAUAUAACUAAAAAAAAUGUGUGUUGCAGUCAUAAUUCUAGACUUCAAAAUUGCAUAAGUACCUGAAAAUGUCUAUAACAUACAUAUACUAUGUUUUAUUAAUAAUUAAUUAAAUCAUAAAAUUGUAAAUAGUUUAAUAUACUACAUAAUUAUAGUUAUUUUAGUUUUUUUUCUAUUUAAAAUAAACUUUAUAUGAUAUAUUAUGCUAUAAUUUUUUGAAAUGAGUGUAAUAAUGAUGACAUUUAUAAUUGGUAAAUGAAUUAUGUAGCCAAGCAGGCAUUGACACUAAUAUAGUUUUAUUUAUAUUAAAUGUUUAAACUCAGA